AAAUGGACGGAAAAUUUCUGGCCAAUCAGUGCAGCUGUAAGACACGCCAUCACUCCUAACUUCUUGCGAGAUUUUAAAUGUAAAUAUUGGGAGUUUGAAGAUUUUUGCUGCCUCAGGGACAAGGAACAAAAGUAUUCGUUAAGGUAGACACAAUGCCCAGUUCAAGUGGUAUAGAAGAUUAUGAUGUUAUAGAACAAAUCGGCUCCGGUUCUUACGGAACUUGUUCUAAGGUUCGGCGGAAACGUGACAAUCGAAUUUUGGUAUGGAAGGAAAUGGAAUAUGGAGGAAUGACCGAAACCGAAAAACAGAUGCUUGUCUCUGAAGUAAACUUAUUAAGAGAACUCCGCCAUGAACACAUUGUCCGUUAUCACGAUAGAAUUAUAGAUAGAUCAAGAUAUGUCCUGUAUAUAGUAAUGGAAUUUUGCGAAGGCGGUGAUUUAUCGUCUAUAAUAGGAAAGUGCAAAAGAGAUGGAGAGUUUGUUAGCGAAGACUUCGUAUGGAAGAUGUGCGUUCAUUUAUCAUCAGCUCUCCAAUUUUGCCAUAAUCGAUGUAUAAGGGGAGGACGUUCUAUAUUGCACAGAGACUUGAAACCUGCUAAUAUUUUCUUGGAUUCUGAACAAAACGCAAAAUUGGGUGAUUUUGGUCUGGCUAGAGUACUUAAUCAUGAUAAUUCCUUCGCCAGAACCUUUGUUGGAACUCCAUACUAUAUGAGUCCUGAGCAGAUGAACUGUAUGACAUAUAAUGAAAAGUCGGAUGUUUGGUCUCUUGGUUGUUUAUUGUAUGAGUUAUGCAGCCUUCGCCCGCCUUUCACGGCGUCUAAUCAGAAAGAGUUAGCCUCAAAAAUUUGUAAAGGAAAAUUUCCCAGAAUUCCACAUCAGUUCUCAGACGAUUUAAACAACUUGAUUGCGGCUCUGUUACGCGUAGAAGAUUAUAAAAGACCAACUAUUGAUCAAGUUUUAGACCAUCCCUUAUUGAUAAAAAACGGAGGUGGAUAUCUACAACUUUUACAGAAAAAGAGUUCUGGCUCUUCGGUUUCAAGUAUGAAAGACUCGGGAGACGAUAAGCAAAGGAGUUUAGAAUUCAAACAUUGGGAGGAAUCUUUAAGAUCGAGAGAGGAAGCUUUAAAAGAAAAAGAAGAAUUGUUGAGAAAAAGAGACGAGCAUAUUCGUUUAAAAGAGAUAAGGAUUUCUCAAAGGGAAAAUGACGUAGAAACUUUUAAGGGUAUUUUCGUGUGCGGAAUUAAGGUUAAAAAAACACAUUUAGAGAUCACAUUGUGUAUUGAUGGUCAAGCAAUUUUAAAUUCCUGCAAGCGACCCAUAACGUUUGAGGGCACGGGAGGAGAAUUGAUUAAAUCAGAAAAGAGGCUGCUUUGUUAAGUCGCGAAAGAUUAAUCGAAGAUCGGUUAAUAAGAGUGGACAAAGUUUCUAAAUCGGCUACAGCAUAUGGACUUCCUAAGUAUUCGCCUACGCCAUCUUUUGCUGAUCGACUUUAUUUACGAAGAAAAGAGAAUUUAUAUGCAAAACAAACAACAUUCCGAAAACCUUUACAAUUGUUCAAUGGAAGAGAUGAACAAGCUGGUCAGUCUAAUAAUAACGGUUCACCAAGUGCCAGAAUGAAAUUGUUAUCCGUUAGAUGAAAUAAUACACAGUUUCACAUUACAAAGACUUUUGUAUUUAACGUUUUAUUUUUAAAUGCUAUCAUUGUGAUUGUUAAACGUAAUAGUCAAAAGUUUGCUGUUAACAUCAUAAUAAGACCGGAAACCGUUUUAUCAUAAUCCUUUCAAGGAGAUUUUCGAUAUCUCUCUGAUAAUCAAGUCAAUAAGAUAUCCCAUUUGAAUGUCAAGUUUGUUUGUAAAUGAGGGUCGUUUAAAGGGUGAUAAAAGUCGUUAAAAAGCGAUUAAGGUAUACAUAUAUUAGAUUUAAGAUAUGUUAAAAUGGACCAAUUCUGUGCAUAACAAUUUUGCAAAUCUAUGGUCCGAUCCAAGUUUGAAAGGAUAUUUAAUCGUUUUUUGAUAUUUCAAUAAUUAACCAAUUGUUGAGAGUAAUAGAAAUAAAAGGUUUUACAACUUCCCAUUGCCG